UGCUCAAGAAAGUUCCAGCUGGUGACUCACCCUCUCUGAAGUAGUCCUGAUUUAGAGAUGCUCUAUAUUGAUUAAGAUGCAUCGCGCCUACCAGUCCAUUUUACCAUGUGGCAACAAAUACCUUCAGCAAAAGUGGGACAAAGCUGUCUACGAGGAGCACAGGAAAAAGAUCCAAGCAGCCAAACCUGUGGUGGACACUUCUUCACCUCCAACAUACAGACAUCUUCAGUUGAAGUUAAAGAAACUCAAGCUUGAGCAGGAUCGUCUUUCAGUCAUUGAGAGAGACAACUGCUUGCUUCUGGAGAAGAUGUCUUACAUCAUGAGGACUACAGGAAGAAUUGAUAACAAAAAUGAUUAUGAGGCCAAAAGUCUGAACAGGAGAAACCGAGAGCAAGAAUUACUGAGAAUGACCAAAGAGAAUCAUGCCAUUCUGGAAAGGAUUACAAAGUGUAAGGCUCAUUAUAAGGUCCAGAAGUGGAAUGAAGACUGGCAAAAGGCUGAAGAGUACAUGAACAGUAUUGCAAGAUACCCUCGUGGAUUCUGCAAGUCACGGAAUCAAAAGAAACAAAAGUGCAUCAAAAAAACACCAAAAAGUGACAAACAAAAAACCAAGCAUCUGAAAGAUGGAUGUCUGGCAGACAAAUCAGAAGAAGAAAAGGAAAGCAAAGACACAAAUAAUGAACAUCAAAGUGAAAAUCAAGAAGAAAAAGUUGUAAAUGAACCAUUAUCUUAUGGUGGCAGUUCAGACAAUGGAUAUCAGAAGUCUUGA